AUGUCGGAGAGUGGGAGGAGAUAUGGCGGCGCCACCGCUGAGACCGGCGGAGGAGAACACGUUCUGGUGGAGGAUGCCUCCGGAGACUUGUCAUCAUUGUCGUGGAGACUGAAUGUGAAGGAGUUUCAGUUGCCACGCCAAAGUCAUCAUCAUCAUCAUCAUCAUAAUAACCCUAGUUGCUUCACUUUUCGUGGUCUUCUUCGAAAACCCAAAAAGCAAAGCAAGGUUGCAGAAUACUACAAGAAACAGGAGAGGCUCCUUGAAGGGUAUAAUGACAUGGAUGCGAUGACUGCAACGGGUUAUUUCCCUGGAAGUCUAACACAGGAUGAACUGAAGCAAUUAGCAAGAAGUGAGAGAAUGGCAGUUAAUGUGUCAAAUGCAGCUAACUUGGUGCUAUUUGCAGCAAAGGUUUAUACUUCCAUUGAGAGCAGAUCAUUAGCAGUCAUUGCUUCCACCAUGGAUUCUCUCUUGGAUCUCUUGUCUGGGUUCAUAUUGUGGUUCACUGCCUAUGCCAUGAGAAACCCAAACCAGUAUCACUACCCCAUUGGAAAGAAAAGGAUGCAACCAGUGGGUAUCAUUGUUUUUGCAUCCGUGAUGGCAACCUUGGGGUUGCAGAUUUUGAUUGAGUCUGGCAGACAACUUAUUACGAAGUCUAAGCCUGAAAUGAAUCCCCGUGAGUUGAAAUGGAUGAUUGGGAUUAUGGCAUCUGUUACUGUAGUGAAGUUCAUACUCAUGGUCUACUGUCGAAGGUUUAAGAACGAAAUUAUCAGAGCUUAUGCACAAGAUCAUUUUUUUGAUGUUAUUACCAAUUCAGUUGGUUUAGUUGCUUCUGUGCUUGCUGUGAAGUACUCUUGGUGGAUUGAUCCAAUGGGAGCAAUUAUUAUAGCAGUUUACACUAUUAACACAUGGGCCAAGACAGUGAUUGAGAAUGUGUGGUCUCUGAUUGGAAGAACAGCACCACCUGAUUUUCUAGCAAAGUUGACAUAUCUGAUAUGGAAUCACCAUGAAGAGGUUAAGCACAUAGACACUGUGAGAGCAUACACCUUUGGUGCUCAUUACUUUGUUGAAGUAGAUAUCGUGUUGCCGGAAGACAUGCCUCUCAACCAAGCACACAACAUAGGUGAGACAUUGCAGGAGAAAUUGGAGCAACUUCCUGAAGUUGAAAGAGCCUUUGUGCACAUUGAUUUUGAGUUUACUCACAGACCUGAGCAUAAGAUGAUGGUAUAA